AGUCGAUAGUUAUUGAGCGCAUCACUAAAAAGCCUGACAAUUUCAAUCUGCGGAGGCAGAUUUUGUUUUAUUCUGAUGGUGGAUUAUUGUGUAGUGAUAUCUUGGUGAUUUUUUCAGUUUAUUUCGAAUUGCUGAAUAAUGUCAGAGCAGGUGCUGAGCGAGGAGACCUGGCCCCAGGAGGCAGAAGCGGCCAUCAACGACAUCAAGAAACAUGUGAAAUCCGCCAACAUAUCUCCACUCUUGAAGAGCAGUAACCAGAGGAUAUAUUUCAACCUAACAACUUUGGAGGAAUGCGAUUACUGCGUGGAAAUCUCCGCGGCCGGUUUCAGAGUUGUCGGUAGAAAAUACGACGACACCAGCCUGUCUACCAUAGAGAAUAUGAACUAUGAAACUCCAUACGCGUUGCUCAAUAGUAUAAGUCAGAAGUAUAGGGAGUCUUUCGGCGGGGAGUUGAUGAGCAAAUUGCUUGAUCUGGCCAAGAAUGCAGAAGGUUGAAUUUUGCUUGACACUGGCGCACCUAGUAUUGUUAACACAUUCGCUGCGAUGAUACGCUUUUUUUUAGCUAAAAUGCAAGUGAUUAGGCCAAGCCUGAUAAAGUUUAUUGUGCGUGUUUUCUGCAGCGAAUGUGUAGGGUAGGUACAAUGGACGGCAUUUUAAAUACGACUUAAGGAGUGUUUUUCCAGCAAAUGAGGUUGAUAUGUUACAAUUGAUCUGCUGACCACAGUCCGUUGAUGGAAGCCUCCAGUUGUAGAAGUAGCCUUAAAAUCGAUCAGUAUUCGAAUGUGCUAUAAAUAUAUAAAUUUAAGGAGACCUCUUGGCGCGGAAAUCGCUUGAGCGUUGAUGUCUGUGCACUGUUGAGGCACUUAGCAUAGUUGUUGUCAGUUACAAACUUUUUUUAUCUUAUCUAUGGUGCUUUUGGUAAAACCAAGAAAUACAGCAUUGGCAUGCCUUUUCACUACAUAGUAUAAAACAAAGUCGCUAUUUUAGUCUGUUUGUCUGUAUGCUUAAAUCUUUAAAAUUACGCAACGGAUUUUGAUGCGGUUUUUUGUAACAGAGUGAUUCAAGGGGAAGGUUUUUAUGUACAUUUAUAAUUUUGCACCCGUGCGAAGCCGGGGCGGGUCGCUAGUUUGAAUUUCUGUACUGUGUGAGUGAAACAGCACUCAUGUAGAAUAGGUUUAUAUUAUAAAAUCUAAUGUAAUUUACUAACUGGCAACAACCCGUUGGUAGUGUCUGUGUAGAUAUCCGGUUGUCAAUUUCGCGUAUGGGUCCACAUAUAAUAAGAUCUCGUUAGGCCUAAAAUCUGUGUUAUCUGAAAAACUUAUAGAAUAUUUUGACCUAAAUUAUUGUUUUCCGACUGCGCCAGGAACGUAUUUUGCCUUUUUUUCUAUUAAAUCUUAUUAAUAGAUGAAAUUCCCUAUAAAUGGACCAGUCUUAGAAAUUAAAUUUCCUUUUAAUUGUCUCAUUUUGCGGAGUAUUAUUGCAAAAUCCUACAGUUUAUUAUAUAAGUUUUGUAUGGCAAUUUCUUGAAUAAACUUAUAGACUGUUCUUAGUUUACUCUAAAGAACUACUUUGGAAUCAAGAAAAGGUUCUCGCAUAUUUUCAUUUAAAAAAAUCUUUGCAGUAACUAAAAUAAAUUUAGACAAAUAAGCUUUGGAAAUGUAUUACAUACCAACUUGUAUAUUUUUUCGUGUCAUAGCUUACCCGUCGUGCGAUUUGCAACAACAUAGCUUGCGACUGCGCACAGUACAAGAAUAGACUGAGUACAAAAUAUGUAUUUAUACGUAGAUAUACACCAAUUGUAAUGUGUUGUGAUAGUAAA